CACACACACGGACCCUAACGACCGCGGGACUGCAGCAGUUUCUGGACUGAUACACCCUGCUUGACCUCACACCGAGAAACCGCUCCAAGGGAUUUGCUUUCGAACCAAACAAUACAACAGGGAUCAACCGGGGAGUAAGUGACAGUAAGCAGUGUCUGGAGCCAGCUGAUGGACUAAAUAGCGGCCGACAGCAGACUCCCAGCCAUGAGGCUGCAGCCAGUCCCCUGAGUGGACUGCACAAGGCACACGCCACACGCAACGCGCUACGACUUGCAGGCCACUAGAGAGAAAAAGAAGAAGAAGAAGAAGGAGAGAGAGGGAGAAAGGGAGAAAGAGAGAGGGAGGAAGCAACAGGAGAGCAAGAGGAAGAACAUAAAAGAAGAAGAAGAAGAAGAAGAAAGUCCCCUUUCGGUCCUUGUCAACGUUUUUACACAACUUUUGUUUUUAGGCCACUGGGUCCAGUUAGCUGGUCUGUUGUCCAGUUGGUCGGUCAGUCGGUGGGUUGGUUUGUUUGGUCGGGUUGGUAGGACAGCAGCCAGCCACCAACCAGAGGCAGCAGCCAUGUGCCCUGGACUCCCAGGAGGACUGCUGCUGCUGGUGCUGCUGCCACUCUGGGCCCAGCAAUGCGGCCUGGCCCUGGCCACCCUUAGGACUAUAGGUGGGCUGCACAGGCCAGCUUCCUCCGGAGGUGCUGCUGCUGGAGUUCCUGGAGGACUCGGAGCAGGGCUGGGGAUGGCUGUGGCAGGGACAGGGACAGGCCCAGGUGUGGGCCCAGGACCGGGGGCAGGGAUGGCGUUGGCUGCUGCCGGGUCUGCUGCAGCGGGUAGCAUGGAGCUGCUCCUGCGUCGCUCCAAGCGCGGCUGGGCUUGGAACCAGUUCUACCUGAUGGAGGAGUACAUGGGAGAAGGGAACCAGUAUGUUGGCAAGCUGCACUCGGACCAGGACCCCGGCGACGGCACCAUCCGCUACCAGCUGACGGGUGACGGCGCGGGCGAGACCUUCACCAUCGACCCGCGCUCGGGCGACAUCCACGCCACCAAGCGCCUGGACCGUGAGGAGCGCUCCGUCUACACUCUGCGGGCGCGCGCCGUCAGCAACCGCACGGGCCGCCCGCUGGAGGAGUGGACCAACUUCACCAUAAAGAUCCAUGACAUCAACGACAACGCGCCCACCUUCAGCAAGGCCGUCUACCAGGCCUCCGUGCCUGAGAUGUCCGACGUGGGGACGUCAGUGAUGACGGUGACGGCCACGGAUGCCGAUGAUAUGUCCUAUGGCAACAGCGCCCGGGUGGUCUACAGCAUCCUGCAGGGUCAGCCGUACUUCUCUGUGGAGCCUAAUACAGGCGUGAUCCGCACGGCGCUGCAGGACAUGAACAGGGAGAACCGCGAGCACUACCAGGUGGUGAUCCAGGCCAAGGACAUGGCGGGCCAGAUGGGGGGCCUGUCAGGCAGCACCACCGUCAGCAUCACCCUCAGCGACGUCAACAACAACCCACCACGCUUCCCACAGGGUGUGUACCAGUUCAGCAUACCUGAGUCGUCCCAGGUGGGCUCCAUCAUCGGCGUACUGCAAGUUCGAGACAACGACAUCGGGCCGAAUGCGGAGAUGGACUACAAGAUCAUCAGCGAAGAGGGCCGAGACAUCUUCAGGAUUGCCACCGACAAGGACACCCAGGACGGCGUGCUCACUCUCAACCGGCAAGUGGACUACGAGACCAAGCACGUGUACGAUCGCGUGCGCAUCCAGGUGGAGAACCGGUACCUGGACCCGCGGUUCCGUGCGCUGGGGCCGUUCCACGACACGGCGCUAGUGAAGGUGUCGGUGACGGACGAGAACGAGCCGCCCAUGUUCCUGAAGACGACCUACAUCAUGGAGGUGAACGAGAGCGCGGCCGUGGGCACCAUCAUCGGAGCCGUCAGCGCAAUGGACCCGGACCGCCUACGCAGCCCAGUCAAGUACUCUAUCGAUCGGCACACAGACCUGGAUCGGUUUUUCAACGUCUACCCGGGAAAUGGCUCUGUCUACCUACAGAAGGCCCUUGACAGAGAAGAGGCGAGCUGGCACAACAUCUCCAUCAGGGCUGAAGAGUUCAACAACCAGAACCAGGUGAGCCGUGUGCCCGUGUCCAUCAAAGUCCUGGAUGUCAAUGACAACCCCCCAACCUUCGCCACCUUGUACGAGACCUUUGUCUGUGAAAAUGCCAAAGCUGGACAGAGGAUUCAGAUGAUCAGCGCCACUGACCCGGACGAGCCAUUCAUGGGCCAGCGUUUCUCGUUCGGCCUUGCGCCCGAAGCCACGGUCAAAGCCAACUUCACCGUCCGCGACAAUAAUGACAACACCGCCAUGGUCCUGACGCUGCGUAGCGGCUACAGCCGCAUCCGGCACAGCCGCUACCUGGUUCCCGUGGUGAUCUCGGAUGGAGGCAGGCCCCCGCAGAGCAGCACCAACACGCUGACAGUGCGCGUGUGCUCGUGCGACCGCGACGGCAACAUGAAGCUGUGCAACGCUGAAGCGCUGGUGCUGUCGGCAGGACUCAGCACCGAAGCCCUGGUGGCCAUACUGCUCUGCGUCUGCAUUCUCCUGAUGCUGGUGGUGUUGUUCGCAGCCCUGCGCCGUCAGCGCAAGAAGGAGCCGCUGAUCAUCUCCAAGGAGGACGUGCGCGACAACGUGGUGAGCUACAACGACGAGGGCGGCGGAGAGGAGGACACGCAGGCCUUCGACAUCGGCACGCUGCGCAACCCCGAGGCCCUGGACGACCUCACCAAGCUGCGGCGCGACAUCAUGCCCGACGCCGCCAUGUACCCUCCCCUGGCACGCCGGCCGCCACCCUCCCUCGCCUCCGGACCCGGGGCUGGCGCUGCAGUGGCGGGCACACCAACGGGAGGCGGCGGACUGGCCAUGGCAGCGGCGCUGCGCGACAACGCCGACGUGCGGGACUUCAUCGCCCAGCGGCUGGCGGACAACGACCUGGACCCGGCGGCGCCUCCGUACGACUCGCUGGCCACCUACGCCUAUGAGGGCAGCGGCUCGGUGGCACACUCGCUCAGCUCGCUGGAGUCGGCCACCAGCGACGGCGGCGACCACGACUACAACUACCUGAGCGACUGGGGCCCGCGCUUCAAGAAGCUGGCCGACAUGUACGGCACCGAGGAGAGCGACAAGGACUCGUAACAACAUGGCCGUAAAUGCCACCGCCGCUCUUCGCUCUCUCUUUUCUCUUCUCUCCAAUUUGAUGAUUUUGCCUGGAUGACUUGACUUCCUGCUUAGGGGUACUCUGGAGAAGAUACACGACCGAGCGAAAAUACACAAACACACAUACGCUCAUAUACACACAAGUGCAGAACACACACUCGUAACACUUCUCCAAUUGCCUGGCUGACUUCCUGCUUAGGAUAAUCUGGAGAUGAAGCACGCCAGAGCGAAAUACACACACAUACAUACACGCACGCACACACACACACACACUUACGAUAUACAAAUAUGUACACACACUCGUAACACUUCUCCAAUUGCCUGGCUGACUGCUCAGGGGCUUUGGAGGAAAAAGAAAAUGUGGCCGAGCAAAAUACACACAAACAUAAAUGCACUGACCUACAUUUUCUCUUACACACACACACGCACUGACAAACUAGAGCUUGACUGCAAGUUUGCGCAGUCUCUGGAUGUGAACCAGCUCUAGGCGGAGUGCUUGGGCUGUGGUUUAGGACAACUUUCAUCACGAGAGAGAGAUGGGAACUCCUGCAAAGGCUUCGACUUCCUAUCUCUUAUAUUUCUUUUUGUUGGUCUCUUUAUUGGUUUAUUAUUUUGAUUUUCCCCAAGUGCCCUUUUGAGAAAAAAGACGUACUGAAAAAAACAAAGCAAGGAAGGAAAGAAAGGUAGAAUGACGAAAAGAACGAAGGAAAUGAAACACUGUCACACCACUAAGCCUAAGCCUUUGGGACAACCAGGAAGUACCUCUAAAUCGCGUGACCUUGGGUCACGCAUGAUUGAGCCCCGGCUUUCACCUCUGUCUGGGCUUGAUCCAUGUCAGUAUUAAGUUGCUCACUCUCUCUGGAGUAGGGAGCACUCCGACAAAAACACAAAACAAAAACAAACAACGGACACAAAGAAAGAGUGAGACGGUCUCCUCUCAGCCUGGAUUCUGUAUAGAAAACAAAAACAAAACAUUUACUUCUGUCCUUACUUUUUUAUUUUUGGUCAAGGCAUCUGAUACUCUGAAAGAAGAGAAGACAGUCCCUAGAUGAAGUAUACACACAUCCACUCGUACAGAUGCAAUCUUCUACAACUCCCAUGAUCACACACACACAUUGCAGUCUGUUUUCUUAUUUAUGUUUUGGGGAUGGGAUAGGGUUUAUGUGUAUAGUGUGUUUGAAUAUUAUGUUUACUGUAACUCAGAUACAAU